AUGUCAAACAGUGAUAAUUCCGAUAAUAAAUUAGUUAAUCUACCUCAUAUUCUUUUGAGUAAGAUCGUAAAAGAGUUGGGAGAGAAUAUAGAUAUAAUUAGUUUCAGUUUAGUUUGCAAGAAAUGGUUCAAAGAUAGAGAUAGUUAUAUUGUUUUCAAUUUCAAUCAUAUACUUGCAUCGAAUAGUCUCGAUGAUCUAAAAAGCUUUCAUUGGAAUUCCUAUAGAAAGCAAAUAGAAUACUCAAAAUCAAUCAAACCCAAUUGUAAACUAUGCUUUUGUACCAACGAUGAACUAACAAUCUAUGAUCCAAAGUAUGUUAAUUUCGAUUAUGUUUUAGACUAUGAACUUUAUUAUGUUGAAAAUCAACCAUUGGUAAUACCAAGCAAUGUUGAUGAUAUAACAUUCUCCAACAGCUUCAAUCAUAGCUUAGAUUUGAUUAGUGAUGCUUUGGCUCUCUCCAACAACAAUGUUAAAUCUCUUCAUUUCGGAGCUCAAUUCAAUCAACCGUUGACACCUGGCAGUUUACCACCGACCAUCACAUCGCUAAGUUUAUCUGAGCAUUUCAAUCAGCCACUAGAUAUCGAUAGUUUACCAUCGUCUCUAACUAGUCUUGUAUUCGGUCCUCACUUUAACCAGGAGCUGCGACCUGGUGUGCUACCUCAGUCUCUGCGGUAUCUAGAGUUGGGAGAAACGUUUAAUCAACCAUUCGGACAUGGAUCACUACCACCAAAUCUCGUGGAAAUUGUAUUCUACAACGAUGUUCAAUCACCGAUUCUCGACGCUCAGGUGAUACCCCAAUCGUUGCGCGCCAUCGAAAACAUUCCACCCAGCUGGAUGGAGCAACUCGAUCUUAUGCCUCAGCUAAACAGAAUCAGUAUAAAGAAAUUGCCGGCUCUCAUAUUUCCAGCUGGUUCAAUUCCACCAAACAUCACUAAACUCGACUUUGGAUUCAAUGCUAGCUUCAUUUUGCACGAUGGUGUACUUCCACCAAUGCUAAAAUCAUUGAAACUAGGUCGAUGUAGCUACCGAUUGGAACAUCUGUUCCCCAAACAACAAAAUUCUGAUGGUGGUGGUUUAGAACUCGAUGUUUUAUAUCUUGGGUCGUCUUAUUCUCAUCCGAUACGGGCAGGCACACUACCAAAAUUUGGUGUUUCACCUUGA